AGCUAGGCCGGUGACGUUGUCCAGUGACACGUCAACCACACGGAAGAAGACGCUUGCUGCUUUUUCCUACCGCAGCUGUAUUUCUGAGAGGAGCCGUAGCUUUGUCAAAAUGGGUGGCUUAUUUUCCAGUCUUUUCUCUGGCCUGUUUGGCACCAGGGAGAUGAGGAUUUUAAUUCUGGGUUUAGAUGGAGCUGGAAAAACAACCAUUCUUUAUCGUCUGCAAGUCGGAGAAGUUGUCACAACUAUUCCCACAAUUGGUUUUAAUGUAGAAACUGUCACAUACAAGAACCUCAAGUUUCAGGUGUGGGAUCUCGGUGGCCAGACGAGUAUUCGGCCAUACUGGCGGUGUUACUAUUCAAACACCGAUGCAGUCAUUUAUGUUGUGGACAGCAGUGACCGUGACAGAAUGGGGAUUUCUAAAUCUGAGUUGGUUGCCAUGUUGGAGGAAGAGGAGCUGAGGAAAGCUAUCCUGGUGGUCUUUGCAAACAAGCAGGACAUGGACCAGGCCCUGACCCCUGCAGAGGUCGCCAAAGCACUGGGACUUUCUGCACUCAAAGACAGAAAAUGGCAGAUCUUCAAGACAUCAGCCACCAAAGGAACAGGACUGGAUGAGGGCAUGGAGUGGUUGGUGGACGCCCUUAAGAGUCGACAGUGAGGCCUCUCCUUCCUUUUUUGUACAUACUUUGACACUGGUGUACCCCUUGUGACUUCCUUGACCCUUCUCUUCCUAAUUGUUCUUUUUUUGGACCCAUGAUUGCACUCCUGGCUGCAUUUUUCCUCCCUUUUCAACUUUGAACUCAUCAAAGCCUUGGUCAAAAUUGAACUUUUGGACAUAAGUGAAGCUGCAGUAAUAUUUAGACUGGGACAACACACACUACUUGCAUUAACUGGUGGAUACAGUGUUCUGUGGAAGACCACUACAAAGCUUGUUGCAGUAUAUUUGAUACAGCUUGUUUAAUCAUUUAAGAGCAUGUUGCCUCUGCAGUUUAUACAGCAUUGAUGUAUUUCUUGUCUCAGGCAUAAGCAUAAACAACAAAUUUUACUUUUAAAUUUCACCUUUUUCAGAGUUAUUUCCUGGCAUGCUUUGUCCGUUAUGAAAUAUCUGCUAAGUGCUGAAUAUACAGUUGUUGAAGUUAUGGUAGUUUAGUGUUUAUCACCUGUCCUCAGCCAAGUGUUGCUGCAGCCUGUAUUUGUACUACAAUCCAGUCAGAACAUGUAUUUUAUGCUGUCAAUUGAUUUUGUUUAUACUUGAGUGCUUAAAGACUUUUUCCAUCAAGUGCAGCUUUGGCAUAUUGUCUAUACUAACUAUGCUCAAAGUUUUAUCGUUUGCAUAUUUAUAUCUGCUUGUACAGUAAAAAUUCUCAGUAAAAUGUGAUGAUUGAUUGUAA